AUGUCGACGGAAAAAGUACCGAUAAAGCCGGCCACCAGAGAUGAAAGUCAGAGUUCAAACAGCCGGAGAACAACGACGACGAGGCCACAAGAACAAAUCCAGAAGUGCCCAAGAUGCGAUUCACCAAACACAAAAUUCUGCUACUACAACAAUUACAGUCUCACGCAGCCAAGGCAUUUCUGCAAGACAUGUAGAAGGUACUGGACAAAAGGUGGUGCUCUGCGCAACGUUCCAAUCGGAGGUGGUUGCCGGAAAAACAAGAAGAUGAAGUCUUCUUCAAGGCUUUCCGGCGAUUCAAAGGACUCCGGUGGAACUUCAGAGAUCGGAGGAUUCAAGUUCUUUCAUGGUCUCUCACCAGCCAUGGAUUUUCAGCUUGGAGGACUUAGCUUUCCCAGGCUUCAGACUUCAACAACUGGUGUUUACAACCAGUUUGCUUCAUUUGGGGACAUUUCAACUUCUUCUGCAAUUGCAUCAAGCCCUUGUUUUGGUCUAGAUCCAUCAGGAAGCUCUGGACUUUCUGGUUCUUUAAUGGGUUUCAAUCUUCCUCUCUCUUCUUCUGUACUAAGACAAGGAGAAAAUGGUGGAUUCUCUGGAGUUCAGGAGAUGUGUUCAGUGAAUGUUCAUG